UUCCUGUGACGCAGAACCCAAAGCCCCUGCUGCUGCUGCUGUCUGUCCGAGCUGGCUUCCUCCAUCCAUUCAUAACUGCCGGUUUCAGCAAGCCUUUUACUCCAUAUAGCUGCUCGUUUUUUAGCCCUACCUGCGUCUUUCGGGUCAUGGAGACUUCUGGAAACUCCCACAAGAAGCAGAAGCUGAGUAACACUGCUGAAAGCUGGGGGAUGCAAAGAGCAACUAAUGUCACCUAUCAAGCCCAUCACGUGAGCCGAAACAAACGCGGACAGGCAGUCGGCACGAGGGGAGGCUUCCGUGGUUGCACUGUGUGGCUGACAGGUUUAUCAGGUGCAGGGAAGACGACGGUCAGCAUGGCUCUGGAGGAGCACCUGGUGUGCCACGGAAUUCCAUGCUACACGUUAGAUGGGGACAACAUCAGACAGGGCCUGAACAAAAACCUGGGCUUCAGUCCGGAGGACCGCGAGGAGAAUAUCCGCCGCAUCGCUGAAGUGGCAAAGCUGUUCGCUGAUGCCGGCCUUGUGUGCAUCGCCAGCUUUAUCUCCCCAUAUAGCAGAGACCGUUUGAAUGCCAGGAAGAUCCACGAGGCAGCGGGCCUCCCCUUCUUCGAAGUGUUUGUGGACGCCCCGCUGGAUGUGUGUGAGCAGAGAGACGUGAAGGGCCUUUACAAGAGAGCCAGAGCUGGAGAGAUCAGAGGAUUUACAGGGAUAGACUCUGAAUAUGAGAAACCUGAGGCUCCUGAGCUGGUUCUGAAGACGGACUCCUGCAGCGUAAACGAGUGCAUCCAGCAGCUUCUCGACCUUCUGCAGGAGAGAGACAUUGUACCUGUAGAUGCUACAUAUGAGGUGAAAGAGCUCUACGUGCCUGAGAACAAGCUGGACUUGGCUAAGGCAGACGCAGAGACUCUGCCUGCUGUUGAGAUUGGGAAGGUGGACAUGCAGUGGGUUCAGGUGCUGGCUGAGGGCUGGGCCACUCCCCUCAAUGGCUUCAUGAGAGAGAGAGAGUACCUCCAGUGUCUUCACUUUGACUGCCUGCUGGACGGAGGGGUUAUUAACAUGUCGGUGCCGGUGGUCCUGCCCGUCUCUGGCGCAGACAAGGAGCGUCUAGACGGCUGCACAGCGGUGGCGCUGGUGUACGGUGGCCGGCGGGUGGCCAUCCUGCGAAACCCAGAGUUCUACGAGCACCGCAAGGAGGAGCGCUGCGCCCGGCAGUGGGGCACCACCUGCAAGGACCACCCCUAUAUCAAGAUGGUGAUGGAGAGCGGUGAUUGGCUGGUGGGAGGAGACCUGCAGGUGUUGGACAGGAUCUACUGGAAUGAUGGACUGGACAAUUACCGCCUCACUCCCACUGAACUCAAACAGAAAUUCAAAGAGAUGAACGCAGAUGCAGUGUUUGCGUUCCAGUUGAGAAAUCCGGUCCACAACGGUCAUGCGCUGCUCAUGCAGGACACUCAGAGGCGUCUGAUUGAGCGCGGUUAUCGGCGGCCCGUGCUGCUGCUGCACCCGCUGGGCGGCUGGACCAAAGAUGAUGACGUGCCGCUGCCUUGGCGUAUGAGACAGCACGCCGCCGUACUGGAGGAGGGCGUGCUGGACCCCAACUCCACCAUCGUGGCCAUCUUCCCUUCUCCCAUGAUGUACGCCGGCCCCACUGAGGUGCAGUGGCACUGCAGAGCUCGGAUGGUCGCUGGUGCAAACUUCUACAUCGUAGGCCGAGACCCAGCCGGAAUGCCCCAUCCAGACACGGGUAAAGAUCUGUACGAGCCAACUCACGGUGCUAAAGUCCUCACCAUGGCCCCUGGACUCAUCUCUCUGGAGAUUGUGCCCUUCAAAGUGGCGGCAUACAACAAGGUGAAGAAGGCCAUGGACUUCUAUGACCCCAAAAACCACGAGGACUACGACUUCAUCUCAGGCACCCGCAUGAGAAGGAUGGCUCGAGAAGGCCAGAACCCACCAGAGGGCUUCAUGGCCCUGAAGGCCUGGACAGUGCUGAAGGAGUACUACCAGUCUCUGGAGAAAGCAUAAGUUACUUCCCCGGUGGAGGCAUGGAAGUGUUUCAUUAAAAGUUAAUAAAAAAAGGGAAAAAAAAAGGAAAAGAGGAAACAAGGGGAGGAAAAAUAAUUGGUCAAGUGGAGGGACCACCCAAAAAAAAACUAAAAACUUGUGAAACUGUUUGGCUGCAAGUUGUGUAUGGAAUUGUACCUUGUUACUUGAGAAAUGCACACCUCUGGCUCAUCAAUUUACUGUCUAUUUCUACUGUUUCGAGUCUUACGAGGGUGUUUUUUAAUGUAUUUUGCUUAUUAACUUAUUCUAACUCCAAGAGGAUUUAAAUUUUAUUGUGAUUUAAAAAGUGGAGAUAAAUAAAAAGGUUUAAAGGAAUAGGGAAGUCAACAAAUCAUAUUAACAGGAUUUAUCAUUUACCUUAAACACAGUGGGUCAGCCAGACGUGCUUGGUAUCUGAAGUUUGCUUUUUUUGUUUCGAGAUGGGAGAUGCUAAGCUAACUUGCUAACAAACACUGGAUUUGAACUCUCCCCAGUAUGCAUUUAUUUAAAUACAGGCUUAAAAAUUCCACAAACAGGUACGAGUGAAUAUACUGUAUUCCCUAAACCCAACUGCCGAGUAAAAUUUAGCUCGGCCCAUUAACCCACUCACUCACUCACUAGGACUCCUCCUAUCACUUGCAAUGCUCCCAACACUAAGUAUGAGACUGAGGACAAUCACAUGCCUCCUCUGAUACAUGUGAAGAUCAUGCUCUCUCUGACUCCGUCUGCUGAUGCCAAAGCAUCAUGUCCUGCAUCGAUCUUCUUGCCAUAGUGUCAGUGUCUUGGUCUGCUGAGCCACUUGAAGCCAUAUAUGUGACUUUUUAAAUUAAGAUUUAGUGUUUAUGUAUUUACUAAAAUAAGAUACUGACAGUCAAAGUCCAGUGUUUGUUAACUAUGUCAAAUAUCAAACGUGUCAAGCUGGCUUAAACUUGGUAAGUCAUAAAUGAAGUUAAAAUGAUUUUUUUGCUGAACUCUUUUAACCUUUAAUGCAGAGGUUCUCAUGUCUGGUACUCAGCACUGUCGCUGCUCUAUCUCUCCUGAUUCAGUCCAUCAGUGAAGCGGAGAGAACCGUGAGAUGUGCUGGACGCAGUGUACUCCAGAAUGUGGUUUGUGAACCACUGGUUUGGUGUAAAGUUUCUAGCCAAAGAAAAUGAUAGACCUGAAGAAUUC